AUGGCCAACUUGGUAACGAAUCUCGGUACACAACAAGGCGGAGACGUCGGAUUCGAUACAUUACUACAAACUGGUCAGCGUAUGGCUAGCGAAAUGUCGGCAAAUAAUCCAGACUUAAUUGAAUCAAUUCGUCGAAAUAUGGAAAAUAGACCUGGUAAUGCUAACAAUGCCGGCUCUAAUAAUAAUAAUCCUUCUGGUGAUCAAACUUCAGAUGAUCAAAACAAACCAUCCUCAUGA